GGGGCAACAAGGCUUGAGAAAAGAGUGAGCCACGACGCCUGACUCCUCCACUAGCGUAUAAAGCCGCCCUCCAAGCACCGGCAUGGAGAUGGCCCUUUCCACUCUUUUUCAUCUCCAUAACACAGUCACUUUCACGUUUUCAUCAGAACCCUAAAAGUAUAACACCUGAACUCUCUCUGCCUUCACCGGAAAACCCUAGAUCACACUCUUCCUACCCAUGUUUCAUUGGAUCCACGCAUUCCCCUAGAUCUAUGCUCAUUCUUCUUUUCACCAAAUUGGAGUAUCUAUGACGCUGGAUUUUCAGUCCUAAUUAAUUUGAAUUUCGUUUCAUCACUCGGUCGUCCAACAUGUCUGGCGAGGUCGUGAAGCGUGCUAGGUACAAGACGUCAGUCAAGGACUCUGGAGUUGCGGGUGUUCUGAAAAUGACUGAGGACAAAUUUGUAUUCAUGCCUAAUGACCCCACAUCAUCUGCAAGGCUCGAUGUUGAGUUUCGGUUCAUUAAAGGACACAAAUUUAGCAAGGGGGGAUCAAAUAGACCUGCAUUGCUUAAUCUCACACAAGAUUCCGAAAAGGGUGGAGGUUACAUUUUUGAGUUUGAAAACUAUCCAGACCGUGAAGUUUGCCGAGAAUUUGUGGGCAAAGCCCUUGCAAAAUUCAGUGAGGCUUCAAAAGCUGGUUCUGAACAAUCCGCGGUUAAACUUUUUGAUGAGCAACUUAGUACCAUAGAAAUGGAGCGCCGGAUAAAGCUAAUGCGAGAGGAUAGUGAGUUGCAGAAACUUCAUAAGCAAUUUGUACUCAGUGGUGUCUUGACAGAAGCUGAAUUUUGGGCAACUAGGAAGAAAUUGCUGGAUGGGAAUACUAGUAGAACUUCAAAACAACGUGUGGGAUUCAAAAGUGCCAUGAUAUCGGAUCUUAAACCAUUGACUGAUGGUCGGACAAACAGAGUUACAUUUAACUUGACACCAGAAAUAAUUCAUCAGAUUUUUGCUGAGAAACCAGCUGUUCAUCAGGCAUUUUUGAAUUUUGUUCCCAAUAAGAUGACAGAAAAGGACUUCUGGAACAAAUAUUGUAGAGCCGAAUACCUUCAUUGUACGAGAAACACAGUUGCUGCUGCAGCAGAGGCUGCUGAAGAUGAGGAACUUGCUGUUUUCUUGAAGCAUGAUGAUAUAUUGGCCAGUGAAGCUCGGCGGAAGAUCAGACGGGUUGAUCCAACUUUGGACAUGGAGGCUGACCAGGGGGAUGAUUAUAUGCAUCUUCCGGAUCAUGGUAUCUUUCGUGAUGGUAGCAAGGAAAUUAUUGACCCACAAUAUGAGCAAUAUAGAAGGACUCUUUCACAAGACCUUAAUCGGCAUGCUGCAGUUGUUCUUGAAGGAAGACCUAUAGAUGUGGAGUUGGAAGACACAAGAACUGUAGCAGAGGCUCUUGCCAAGUCGAAACGGGUUGAGGCAGCUAAUGAAAAAUCUGAUGGGAGUGUAACCCGGGAAAGAUUAGAAAGGAUUUCUCGGAUGACUGAGAUUGAGGAUCUUCAGGCACCUCGUGACCUUCCAUUUGCAGCACUUUGCAUUAAGGAUCCUCGUGACUAUUUUGAUUCCCAACAAGCGAAUGCAUUAAAAACUUUGGGAGACACCCUAGCUGGAUCAAAGCAAAUAAAAUGCAGCCUGAGCACCCAGGAAGCAUAUGGUUCUUUGAGAGGAUUUAUUUCUGAGAUCAAAUCUGUAGGAUUAAGUGAUCCCAUAGUUAAACCUGAUAUUGCUCUUAAGGUUCUUAAUGGGUUGACCCAGAAUAUCUCAAGUACCAAGUUCCAUCUUGGGAAGAAUCCUCAAGAAAGCGUUCUGGAUAGAUUGCCAAUCAUUACUAAAGAGGAAUUGCUACAUCAUUGGACCUCAAUUCAAGAAUUACUGAGACAUUUCUGGUCGUCGUAUCCGAUUACAACUACAUAUCUUUAUACCAAGGCAAGCAGGCUAAAAGAUGCCAUGUCUCAAAUUUAUCCAAAGCUACAGGAGAUAAAGGAAUCUGUGCAGUCUGAUUUUAGGCAUCAAGUUUCCCUCCUUGUUCAACCAAUGCUUCAGGCUCUAGAUGCUGCUUUUGCACAUUAUGAUGCAGACCAACAGAAGAGAUCAGCGCGAAGUGGAGAAAUACCCAAUGGAUUUGUCUAGAGGAUGCAUACUCCUUCCAUCACUCAAGCUUGUAGCAAUUAUACCAAAUUGUACAUGUAAUCAAUUUUGUUGCGAGGUUAUUGACUCGGGCAGUAAGAGCUCUGAGCUUGCCCAAUUACACAACGGAUUUUUAGGUAAGAUCCCAUUCCAUGAUAUUACCCUACCUCAUAAGAGGGCCUAGCCAUUCUGGUCCAUAUUGGGAAAUUACAUUUUAUGUCAGGUAUCAACUACUAUGCAUGCACAUAUAUAAUGGGUAGUUGGUGUGACAUUUCGAAGAGUAUACAUGUUUGUUAAUUUCCCCUUGUUUUGGAGGGGUAACGAACACACUAUAAAGCGUUUUGGAUUGUUGCAAUUCUUGAUUUGAAUGGGUUAUGCCAAA